AAAACAGUCCAAUUUUUCUCUGCAUCAUUUUUUUGGGAGGGGUGUUUUGUGUGUUUGUGGUGAACUUCUUUUCUACAUCAGCAGAUCAUUGCAGGGUCUCUGGUUGUCAUUAUCUAUCAUCUGUUUUGGCUGUCGCUGGUUUUCUGCAUAUUUCUUUCACUGCCUUCAUCAGAAACUAAAAGUGAGAGUAAGUAUGUUGUUGCUGCUUGAGCAAUCAGACUGACUUUUGCUCGUCUGUAUAAACUUUGUUGUGCCAUCAGUGAUUCAUGAUAUCACUUGUGUUUCAUUGUCAUUGUUGUAUAUUGUUUAUUAAUGCCUGUUUGUUGUUGCACUGAAUGAAAGUUCUGUGUCUGUAGUUUUUGUACAUGUGUGUUUCAGGGAUAUCAAAAUCCACUGCAUGCGUAUUCAGCUCAGUGAAAACAUCAACUGUGAGGUUCUGGUGAUUGGUUCAAAUCUUCCAAUCAUCGCCGCUCCGGGUGAUGAUGUCAUCCUGCCGUGUCACCUGGCGCCCACGUUCGAUGUCCAGGGUCUGACGGUGGAGUGGUCCAAACCCGACCUGAAGCCCGACCCGUCGGACCGGCUGAGCCGAGUGGAGUACGUUCACCUGUACAGGGACAGGAAGGAGGUCCCCGACAUGAAGAUGGCCUCGUACUUCAGGAGGACGGAGCUGUUCAUGGACGACAUGAAACACGGGAACAUUUCACUGAAGAUCCUGAACGUGUCGGAGGAAGACAACGGCAGAUACCGAUGCUUCAUCCCCAAGCUGCAGAGCCGAGUGAAAGCUGCUGUUGUUGAACUUGUAGUCGAUCCAAACUUUGCUACAACCUCAACGACAGAGACGUCGCUGCAAACUCCAGAUCCUCAGGACGCGACUCCAACAAAUGCAGGUCGAUCCAGGGUCGCUGUGGUCAUCGUUGUCAUCACCUUAUUAUUAGUUCUGGCUCUCGCUGGAUUUGCUGCAUAUUUCUCCAGACACAUUUUUCAGAAACUAAGAAAGCAUCCAGAGGACGAUGAGGCACAAAAACAACCACUACCAGUCUAGCUGCCUUGCUCAAAGGAAUAAAUGGACUGGUUCUUCUAUACUGCUUUUCUACUCUGCUUGAGCAAACAAGACACUUUGAACUUUGACCCCAGCUGAAGAGUCAAGCCUCGUCCAGUUUAUUUAUCGAGCUCAAAUUCGCACAAAGAUUAAAAAAAAAUGAUCCUCUCUGAUCAUCGCUGUGCUGGACUGGAGUGAAUCAUUCCCAACAGCAGGGCUGGAAGGUUUUCACAGAAUUAAAGGGAAUUUCCAUGAACAUUGGUGACACAGCUCAGUUGGAAAGAUGGAAAAAAAAAAAAAACCCUGAAAACUGUGUUGGAGACACAGAAGAAGUUACAAAAACAGGUUAUAAGCUGAUUACUUUACUGCACUGUGUUAAAGACCUGCUGUGAAUGAUGUUUAAUGCAGCUGUAAUUUAAACAAAGUCACUUAUUUUUAUAUGAAAGCUAGUUUUAUGUGACAACACUGUCAGCAUCUUAUAGGAAGUGAUUGAAACUUCAGAUAUUUAUUUUUUUAUUAUUUUAAAAUCCACAGUUAAUUUAUUAAAUGUAAUUGAAACUUCCUCCUGGUCAGGACUCGAUGUUCAGGCUGUUUCUAUUUAUUUAUUGAAAAAAGCAGAAUGAUCCUGAUACAGAGCUCCAGCUUUACUUUUUGUCAUUUAAAGCUACAAACAUUGUGCAGACUGACAGGAAUCCUCCUGACUGUAGUUUCUGCUGCAGUUACAGUUAAAAUCAGAGGAUGUUUGUAUCCAACUCUUCUUUAUUCCUGCUCUGUCACAUGACCGUCGCUCCUUUGGUUCACAGUUAAACUCAGACUGAUGUGUCUGCAGCUGUUAGCCAGCUCAGGGUCAUGUUCUUAUCUGACCUCAGAUAUUUAUUUAUAAGCAUAUUGUUGCACAUGUGUGUGUUGUUGUCUCUGGAUGGAUGUAUUUGGGUCUGCAGUGAGUGUAAAGUUACAGUGAUAUAUGUGAAUGUGUGAAGUCUUCUGCAAAUACGAGUGUGAAAGUAAAAAGUUCAAACACCUUUAGACACUAAUAUUUUUUAUUCCAGGGUUUUGUAUUUCCAGAGCAAAUUUUCUUAUUUCAAGUUUGUUUUUAUUGUUUAAAAACAUUUCAUUUUUGUUAGUUUCAGUGCUAGUUUAAUUUCUUUUGAUUAUUAUCACUUAUUGUUGUAUAGAAGGCAAAUGUCAGAGACAAGAUUUAGGAAAACCAGUGCUUGUGUUACAGUAAAAACCCACUGAAGUUGAUUUCACUAUAAUAAUCCAGGAUUGUCCAGGCCGCUGCACUGAGAUUAGUUCUCAGCAGAGCUACACCCAUUCUGUGCUAAACGCGUGUGCUAGAAGAGGAAGUGAAAGCGAGACUUCAUUCCCGUUGAACUUUGCUGUUGCUAGCACAUGUCAUCUGCUUUCAGUCAAGCGCAAACUGUAAACAGCUGCAGAAACAGGAUGUUCGUGUUGUUGGAGCUUCUGUGGAGCUAAUCCAUGUCAUUGGGAAUUCAUCCAUUUAAUUACUGGCACAGAAACCCAGAGGUGUGAGUUCUGAUUUUCUUUUUGAUAUGUUAAAUAUAAUUUUAGCACUUUAUAUAAAUGCCAUGCUAUUAAGCAUAAAUUAAA